GGCUAUAUCAUGAAAUGGUCAAUUCUACGAUAUGGUCACGACAUAUAUACCUAUAUUAGCACCAUUUUAUCAAGAAUUUGCAUAAGCAGUGAUUCAAUUUACAAUUUCUUUAAUGCGGACGUUUCUAGCUAUUUUUUUACAAUAUGCAAACAAAUAUAUGGUCUUCGGUUUUAGUUCUACAACUAGUUCAAGGAUUACUGCAGUUUGCAAUAAUUUAUUUGAUUGAUACGCUAAAUCAAGUAGGGAUUCAGUAGGUACACUAUUACAUAUCUCAAAUGACUAGAAUCCUGAAUAUGAAUGAAUAAUGAAAUAAGAAGAUAUAGUUUCGUGAUUUUAAAACGUUUGCAUAUUACAAUCUCCUCAUUAUUGACAUAAUAACUAGUUAAUUCAACGUAUCAUUGUAGCCGCGCGAUUUUUAGAUAUAACCCCAUUGUAACUAAGGAAAAUCAUAAGGAUAUCAACAGUGUAGUUUGAUAAUAAUUAUACAUCCUACUUUAUAUAUGCAAUAUAGUGUUGACUUAACUCUUGUCUGUCAUAUGAUCAUUUCUCAGUACCGUUUUCCCUGAAUUACUGACGAUGAAUUAGUCUCAAAACUGUUAGAUUCUGAAACAUAUCUUAAAGGUGAUUGCAACUUGAAACAGGAUGGAUUUAACAGCUUUUGUAAGAACAAUACAUAGCACGGCUGCGACUUUAGGAUUUUGUAUGGAAUGCCCAGCACAGAUAUCUUGCAGCAAUUACAACAUAAAAAGAGAUUAUUAGAUAUAUUCAGCUCAGGUUUCUGUUGGUGUCCAUUGUGGUCCAUAGCUUUUGUGUCAUAGUAUCAGUUCCUAAGUCAGCCAGGUCUGCUAACCCUAAAGAAAGCAAUAAUAACAUAAACACAUAUACAUAACUAAGGAAAAAAAUACAUUUUGCAUCUGUAGUAAGUAUAGUACUUGUGUAACAAACAGCAAGCCUCAUUUUUAGUAUGUUUUCGGAAACUUUGCAAAGACAUUGAUUUCAAACUAUUUGCUGAUUAUAAAAUAGAGCUCCGUUAUAUGUAAAUCCUCUUUGGAAUUGUGUGGAGUGGUUCAAAUAUUAUAAAGAUCUCUAACACCCCUGUCACGGACUUGGAGAUUAAAACGCAAUUUGACUUUUAGAUAUUCGGGCUUUGAUGACAACAGAAUUUUGUGAACUAAAACUAAGAACUUAUGUUUAAUUAGAUUAUCUAACAUAACUCAGUUCAGUUCCCUUUAUUUUUCACUAACGUUAUCUUGUUUACGUAAACCAAAAAUAAAACGUUCAGUUAUUUUGGUUGAUUUGAAGCCAAUUUUUUGUCAACUGAUCCAAACACGGGUAAUAAACAACAUCACAGUAACUGAGAAUUGACAACCAAAGAUUCAUAAUUCAGCAAGCAUCAAAUGGAGUAAAGAGCUCUAAAUGGGAGGCUGAUGAAGAUCACGAUUCUGGAACUGAAUCGGACGAAGAAAUUGAUGGACCUGAUAUGCCGUCAUCGGCGUCCGACUACAGUAGGGUCUGCAGUAUUUCCCCUGCAGACACAGGGUGUUCAUUGGAAUCCCCGGCUCCAGAAGUUACUACAGGGACGUGUUGCGGGGAGCAGCAUGAUGCACAUAGUUCGGAAGAAGAACUUGAGGUGAUCAACGGCAAGGAGAGUUCUCUCCAUAGGACUUUACCAAAUAAGGGUUGUAAAGGAACCGGAGUGGGACGGGGAGGAGGAAGGCCUUUAAGGGCAGCAUCUGUAGGGUUAGCCGAAAAGAGGAAAUGGUCUCAGGUUGUGGAAGCGUACGGUGGUAGGAGGUAUACCCCAGAAAACGAAGAAAAUAUGUCACAUUAUGGUAAUCUAAGUCCAUCGUCGCCAUGUCUGCCAUAUUUGAAAUGCUAUGGAGAAGAUGGAGUUUAUUUAGAACACUCAGGGUCUUCAGAUGACGAGGUCCAUUUACUAACGACAACAGUGACACCUACCUCAUCGGCCUCGGCCACCCCAGUACGAUUUCGUACCUCUCCGCCCCUGUCAGCUGUCAAACCAUCAGCUGCUUCAAGAGGUAAGGGGAGGACGGCGAGCCCUCCACCUGCCAAACUGGCACACUUGGAGGCAUCUCCAAGGAAAAGGACAAGGAGGCACCACAUGAGCUUGGCAGAGGGAGAGAUAGAGCAGCAACAAAGGCCGUAUUUGGAUUUUGAGAAAAUGCAACAGCUGAAAAGCCGUAGUAGCAACACAAUUGGUUCCGGAGGAGGAGUGACAGCCUGGAGACACACCGGCGACCACGCUGGGGAGCUCAGCGUGUUCUGUUGGUGAGGGGAGGAGUCAGGGCAGCCAACAGAUUCCCAAAGGUUGCCCUGUAAGGCAGCACCGCUGGCCGGUAGCAUGCCGUCCCUUUGUUGCCAAGAGUUGGACCAUCAGCAGCCAUCCACGUCUUCUGACCCAUCGUAGGACAUUGUCUAUACUUUGGAGUACACACAAAGACAGAAGCCAUGGAUCGCUACUGACCGAUUUUGGAACCUUCGAAGUCCAUACGGAGUACUUCAGAGGACCUGAUAAAAUAAGUCUCGGAAUUGGGGUACGAUAGUUUACAUUUCGGGGGGUCAGUAAACAUGUUGUCACAAUUGUGACUACAACUUGGAUUCACUGUUUAUGUAGAAAAGAACAUGUCCAUCAAAAACAACGCGGGUGUGUUUGGUACGUCUAGUCAGGCAGUAAAUCGAAUUUUCCAUAAUCUCAGUACAAAAAAAGUUGAAAAAAAAGGGAAUCGAAAUCACAUAAUCUUACGAAAAUUAAAGAUGCGAGCUAUAUAAGUAAAUUGUGCUUUGAAACAAUAGUAAAAACCUCUCAUUCGAGGUUCAUAAACGUACUGGUGAUUCCUAACAGGGAUGGAACGGUACCGUACUCGAUUGGUUGCUUAUUUGACUAACGAGAACAUAUAACCUCCCAGUAUAUCAUUCUGAAAUUACUGUAAUUGGGCUCGUUCACAAAAAUUGAUUUUUGCAAGUCUACAGAAAGACAUUCGGUAUUCCUCGCCCUAAGUAGUAAAAAUAGCGUUCGCACGUUUUAAAUAUCAGAAACAUAUACUUCUGUUACCGCGCCAUCUCCCAUUAUUUGAUGAUGUCAUUAUUAUUUUUUGGCCCAUUGGCCAAUAAGAGUUCGCGAAUUUGAAUGUUAGUGUUCGAUUUCACGAUGAGAGAAUGAGAUUUGAAUACACUUCAGUAAACUUGUUAACGAGUAAACUGUUGCGAUAUCGGUAGCUAUCAGUGGCGCAUAUAUAAAUUCAGUUCAACGAAGGGGACCCAUAGGUAUCUGAUUGGUAGUCACAACUGCGGGCGUAGAUAGUCAGGGCCAGAACCUAACCACCCCUCAGUCUAUGCCAAUAUGCUAAUACGAGCUAUAGACCUAAUUUAGAAUUUAUUUUAUAUACAUAUGUAUAUCUCUGGAUACGUUAAAGUUAGGCUCCAUAAAGAUGUCUUUUGGGCCGGUUGAGAAGCAUAACAACGAAAGACAAAAGAUAAUAAUGACAACAGCACGUUUCAACGAGUUACCGCCGCUAAAGCUUAUUUUAUCAAAAAUUUAACUGGAUAUUCUCUUCCAGCUGCAUAAACGAAAAAAGAUGGACGGGCCCACUAAAAAUCUUUUUUGAUUGAACUCGGCUGUACCAAUCUUUUUGGGUAAUCACCAAAAGCGAGCUGUCCUUUAUUUUUCAAAUGAGGAAAGAAGAAUAUAGUAAACAUUUUUGAUCUUUCCUAACCAUAUUUUUGCAGAAAUCGAACAUUGAUGAUUCAUACAUUUGGAUCAUUUGAAACACAAAUAUGAUUCUAUUAAACUUUAUGAUCAGGAGCGACUAAGCAUUUGUCAGAUAAGCAGCUUUUUCAGUAAUAACAUAACUCAAUUUCAGGUAUUUCAAUGUAAAAAUAACUAAUAAUAUAAAUACUUAGCUGUAGAGAAGUAAAAUCUUCAUACAAAUUUUAGAAGUCUGUACUGAUGUAUUUUUAAGAAUGCCGUAAUUCUAUUGUUAAAAAUUAAAUGUAAAUCUGCCUGAAAAUACUGCCUGUAUUUUGAAUAAAAAUAUAUAAUGCUCCAAUAAUAAUCAUUCGUUGUUUGUCGUUAAAGGCAAAUCCGAAAUCGGGAAAUGAUAAAAAAAUAAUUUUUCUGGCUCCUAGUUAUACCACAGCUUAGAUAACAAUUUUUUAAAUCUGUAAAAUAGAAUAUCAGAUUUCAAACAAACCUACUAACCAAUACACUAAUCAAAACAAUAUAAAUGUCAAAUAACAAAUACUGAACGAGUAAAAGUGCUAUAUGGGGAUAAUAGAAGAAGUGUCAGUAGAAUCACUAGAGACAUUUUAACAAAUUUCCAAAGACUACUUUUUAUAAUGUGUGACAAGUGAGUGUUUUAUAAUAAUAUGAACAAGUGAAGCGGGAAGAGUUAUAUUGUGUGUUUUUGUGAUGUUAAGUGCAUAAACUUAGGUGUUAGCGGGACCGUGUUUUUGUAGAUGGUUGAGAAUUGGAAAUCUUGAUUUGAAUUUAUACCAAUACUGAAAUAGUUUUAAAAAACUGCAAUGAGGGUGAGCUGUUCGUAAGGUUGAUUCACCUUUAGAAUUGCGACCCAAUCAUCUAAAUGCAAGACAGACAAAUCAGAAAUUUUCAUAAAACUAUAGUGGUUAUUCAAUCCAAACGGGGCAUUUUGUAUAAAUAGAAAUCUGCAUUCCAUAGGUGAGGAACUAUAGUGCUUGAGAAGGGUAUAAAACAAUAUUAAGUUCCAAAUAGCACACAUUAAUGUUGAAUAAAACCCACCCAAAACUACGAAAUUAUGAACAUCAAAAUGGAAAAGUGAUUGGAAUUUAGAUACAUGUUGAGCUUGAACCUAAAAAUUCAAAUCAAGCGUCCACAAAUCUCUAUAUUUUGCAUGAUUGUGAAACAUUUAAUUUUUUAUUACAUAGUGCAAAUACAUUAAUAUAAGAAUAAUUUUUUAUGUAAUCUUGAAAGUAUGCCCAUUUUUGUAUAAAAUAAUGAACACGCUACUAACACAAGAUUCAGCAUAUGCAUUAAGUUUUAAAAAGUACAGACCACUGCAUUUUUAAAUAUUUUUAAGAUUCUAGAUACUACAUACUUUUGUAGCAUACCCUCAUUUUUUGUACCUGAGUGAUUAUUUUCUAACACAGUACAAGACUAUGAUGAGAGUAUAUUGGGGAUCUACCAUACUAAAACUAAUUCGAGCAUCGAAUAUUGAAUCCAGAUUUAGUUCCUCACGUUGAAGGGGUACAUAUUUCCAAGGUAGAUGGAGCAACAUGUUUUGGAAACAUGUGUAGUGAUUGGUAUUGCUUCAAUUGAUUAGUUCAGAUUUAUAUCAUGUUCUAACUAAACUAACCCAGAGUUAUAUUUACCCCUCACUUUUACAAUUGUGUAAUAGUGAAAAAGUGGUCAAACUCUGAAGAUGUCAUUUGCAAUAGGACAAUACUCGAUUUAACAUACAUAUGUUUUCAUCUGAAAAUUCUCAAUUUAAAUUUAUUUUACUCAUAGCUCGUUUCAUUUUUUUAAGCAAAAUACUGAGAUAAUUUUGGACCUUUUACUCAAUAAGCAUGAACGUAUAUGUUAUCUCCACAUAUCUAGUAUUAUUUGACAUAUUUUGUACAAUAAUAUUGAUGCGCUAUUGAUCAAAAUAUACGUUGAAACAUAAAAAAACAUGGCUAAACGUAUUUCAUAGCAUAGUAUUCAAUAUUCGAGCGUAGAAAUGAAAACACUUAUCAAAACUGUAAACUUUGCUGAGUCUUCGACUUAGAACUAUCAAAGAGGUGUUGUCAGAAUCUUAACAAGGAUUUCCCCCCAAAAAUUCUUGGUCUUGGUCUUCCAACUCAUGCAUCAACAGCACUAACUUGGUCCAACGCGUUUUAGUUCACUAUGAAACACGCCAUUGUGAGUUGAAUAAGUAAAAGAUACUGGUUUUUGGAGAACCUGAUAAGGCAUGUCUACUGUGUUCUGGGUUCAGUAUGACAAGAAUAUUGUUUUUAUCUAAUAUUUUAUCAUUUGUGUUUGUUUGUAAGAUUCCCUAGACUCUAGGUAUCUGAUUAAAUGGAAAUUUAACAGAAAUCCUUAAAAAAUCUUGAUGAUGUUUCACCCAUAGGUACCUUUAAUAUACCUUAUGAUAGCAGCACAGAUUUCAUGCUCAGUAAAAUGUACUACUCUGAACUCUUAGGUGAAGACUCAGCUUAAACUAGACUUGAUUCAUUUGCUUUUUAAUUGUUGAAGGAUCACAUUGUAUGAGGUGGUUGUAUAUCUGUCUUUGAAAUGAGUAAUAUAAAAACCAGUGAUAUACUGUAAGUAUUUUUUCAGUAUAAUGGAGCCUGGUGCAGUUUUGAGGUAAUAUGUUUAUAAAUAUUUGUGAUAUCUUUAAAUAUAGUCAUAUAGAAAUUUGCGUAUGUUUAUGCAGGAGAUCGUCACAUCAUUCAUAACAACAGAGUGGUCUUACUACGAGUACAAGAGUAGCAUGCCUAAAGUAUCUUUAAUAGGACUAUUUUUUCGAGGCUACGUAUAGUUAUGCUAUCCUGAAAUUUUUUAUUUGUGGUGUGGUAUCUAAAUCGCGGACCAAGGGUACAAACUUCUGCUCGAUGCUAAAUGUUAUAAUAGAGAUAAGCAGGAAAAAUUUGGACACUAUCUGAAUCCUUGUAUAGGAUCAUCAAACUCUGUAAAGUUGUAAAUUUCUGUUAAUAAUUUGAUGUGAUGACCAUCCUGCAACAAUAUGGUAAAUUUCAAUGAAAAUAUAUGGGCUGUUGAUUUUUGUAAUUGUUAAGGGUUUUAUUUUGCCAUUUCCUAAUAACAACAAAUAGUAUGCAUAUAGCGGAACAGGGUUUUAGGUACUUCAUUGUCAAUCAACGUUUAUGUUAUCAUUCUCAUCGCUUUCUAGUGCAUGUCAUUAUUAAGAUUAAGAUAUGGCGGAAUAAUCUCUAAACACUUGUUCAUGUAGUAGGAAGGGCAUACUUUAGAACUGCAGAGGUUUUAUAGAAUGUCAAAAAAUGGUUUAUCAACUUUUUUUGGGAUAAUUGCAAGAAAAGGGUUGUAACAUUUACUUCCAAACUAUACAACUGUGGAUGAAUUUAUAAAACUUCGGAUCUCAUUUUUUUAAAUAUGUGUUAUGAAGGCGGGUGAAAUUUCCCGAAUCGGAAAAUAUCCACAUUUUAAAAGUGCUGAAGGCAGAUUAAUGCUUUAGCUGACAAGAAAACUGCUAACAUACGGACAUUUCUGAUCAAACGGAAGUUUUGACCUGUCCGCUAUUUACGUGAUAUUUUUUAUUUCAUCAUAAUAUAGUUUCACAUUUAUGUAGAAUAGUCCAACAUGAUAAACAAGAAAUAACCUAUCGGAUUAACAAUAUUUUGGACGUCACUUCUCACUGAUUCUAAAUUCUAAAUCGAUGUAUAGUUGGUGAUCUUUAUUACUUUCAUAACAAAUCAAAGGACUAUUUAACAAGAUGUGAAUUUCAGAUAAUGCUCUGUGAUUGAAUCAGCAUUACGAUUUUUUGUCUAUUAUUUUACCUGAUAGAAAUAUUGACCUUCAUUUGAAACUAGAAACAACACAGAUGAAUCUUUACGUUGUUCCUGAAUUCAAAGAAGAUCGAAAAGUUAAAUGUAACUCUUAUUAAUAAUUUUUUCCUUUGCUUGAGGCCUGUGAAUUUUAUGUGCAAAGGUAUGUUGUGAUUGAUGAAAAGAAGGUGAUUUCACAUUCAUUUUUAAGUAUAAUCACGCCCUAUCUAAUAUUUCUAUAUGCCUAUCUAUCGCACAUCUAUAAAAUUAGUUGCAAUACAUCAGAGUG